CCUAGGGCUUUUGAGUAGUGUGAAAAUCCACCAUUGGUGUGUAAUGCGAGUUGACGAGAUUAAUAAUACAUAAUACUUUGAGUAGGCCCACUUGGUUGCCUAGCCUAGUAACAUAAGAUAUUGCUCUGGCUAACGAAGCUUACAAACUUAUCUAUGUGGACCGAUAAUAGCGUCUUUAUUCUCAACAUAGGCAUGCACUGCUUAACACAAACGGCAUUUUAUUCGUUAAAAAGCGAUUAAAGGUUACAGCAUUAAAGUGCACGAGUUUCGAAAAUCGUCCAUCAGCUUCGCACGAUUGGCGGCGGUUCAGUGGAGGAAAUUCCAGUGAUUACUCGGGGAAGCAGGCAUAAUUGGACGCAUCGGGUCUCUUAUUUGAUAAGUGCAUCCUCAAACAAAGUCGAAAACUUGAGAACAUGUGGAGGCAAAAGUUGUUUAACACCGAGAACAGGGUCAUGGAUAAUCUUAAGAAAAGAAAUGCAACCUUUCUCACAAUUGGACUGAUAUUUCUACUCAGUGGUAUUGAGUAUGCUGUAAUUCUCCCUACAAUAUGGAGAUACUUGCAGAUCCUGGAGGCCCCCCCUUAUUUUCUGGGUCUGGGUCUCUCUGCCUUCAGCCUGAGUGGACUGCUCACAGGUCCCCUCUUUGGGCACUGGUCAGACCGAACUAGAACUACAAAGUCCAUAAUCCUUUUCUCCAAUGUAUUUGAGAUAGUUGGUAACUUCAUGUAUUUCAUGGGAUACUCAAAAUGGAUGCUGUUGUGCAGUCGGCUUGUAGCAGGUAUUGGUGCUGGAGCAGGCUCCUCCAUCUUCAGCUUCCUGACACGAAGCACCCGUCCAGAGGAGCGCGCUGGUGUCUUUGCUGCCAUCAUGGCUUGUCGCCAGGCCGGACUCCUCAUUGGGCCAGCCUUCAACCUCUUCCUGCGUUUGUGCGACUUUAAGCUGGGGCCGUUUGUGGUGAACAAGUACACCUCACCUGGGAUCUUCAUGUGUCUGAUGUGGAUCUUGCUCCAGUUUGUGGUCCUGGCUAUGUACUGGGACGUGCCACCUCUCAACUCUGAAGAGGGGGGUCUGAUGGUGGUGGAGAUGAAGGACGACGAGAGAGAGCUCUUGGUCGACCCUGAAGACGCCCUGGACGCCUACGGCGCCGUUCAUCCCGACCAAUCGGAGACCGCCGUCUCCUCUGAGAUCCAGCCUUUCCAGGACACGUCCCAGUGUCCCCCGUCUCCUCCUCCCUCCCCCCCUCCGUCGACAAGUCCGGCCCUCGCCAACCCUUUCAAGAACUUCAGUGCUAGCAGAGAGCUUUUGAGGGAGGAGGUGGUGGUGCUCCUCACAGCUCAGUUCAUCACUCUCUUCAACCAGACUGCACUAGAGACCAUGGUGACCCCUCUCACCCAACGCUGCUUCAGUUUUGGCGAGCUGGGGAACAGCCUGAUGUACGGUCUGUGCGGUGUGGAGGUCAUCCUGGGCUUCUUCUUUGUGCGCUGGCUCAGUGGCCAGGUGUCGGACCGCGCCGUGCUGGCCACCGGCCUGGUCAUCUGCAGCGCCGCCUGCGUCUGGUGCCUCAUCUUCCUGGCCGACCCACAGGGCGGUUACUCCUGGGAGAUGACAGAGUUCAUCAUCGGGGUGUUCCUGCAGCUGCUGGGUCUCCCCUUCGUUGCCGUGUCCCAGGUGUCCCUUUUCUCCAAAGUCACAGCUGAAAAAACACAAGGCUUCAGUCAGGGUGUGCGGCGCUCUGUUGGGGGGCUGGCCACUAUCCUGGGACCUCUGUGGGCAGGUGGGCUGACUGGUAACCUGUACCUGAUGCUCGGGUUGAUGCUGGCUCUGCUCAUCAUGAUCACCGUCAUGACGGCGUUGUCCUACAGUCGUCUGGUGGAGCCCACGGCGGUGCAGCACGCCCAGAGCUUUGACAGCGGGGGUUAGAGCUGAGCCCGCUCCACCCUGAUGGACAGCCGUGGUCAGAGGGAAGGGAUGGUCCCACGAUUGGCUGACUGAAAGGCAGUUUAAAGGUGCAUUGUACACUGACGGGACGUGUAUGUCAAAUGAACUAUAGGAAUGCAACCCAAAUACGUAGUUUGCUCUGUUUGUGUUGUAGAUGGUAUUUUGUAUGGUGUACUGUGUAUAGAGUUAUAUACAGUGUAUGUAUAUACAUUUUUGUAUAUAAUUCAUAAUAUUGUUUUAACAGUACUCAAGGGGGCGCCAGAUUGCACUGUUUGAAACAUAACCAGUGAUGUAAUUGAAGUUGAAAGAAUCUGCAGAACAACUAUUUAUAGUGCAAGUGUUAAUGGGAGAACAUUUGUCUUUCCGUACCAAUGUAAGUUUGAACCAAUACUCCCUUCCCCCCCUGCCUUUGUUCUUCUGGUAACCACUGAUCCAAAAAGACUAGAAUAGGAGAGUGUCAGGCAAGGAGUUGAUCAGUUCAACUAAUGUUUUGUAAUCUAAUUUUCUAAUGGAAUUUGAACCUGUCAUCUCAAAUAAACAAAACAGUAACAG